UCCUACAGCGAUAAUGUUGAUGAAUCUAGGUGGUCCUUCAACGCUAGAUGGUGUCCAAGAUUUUUUAACAAGUCUAUUUUCAGAUCCUGAUCUUAUUCCAAUCCCAUUCCAAAAAUAUGCGGCCCCGAUUAUUGCAAAAAGAAGGACUCCUAAAAUUCAAGAUCAAUAUGCAAAAAUCGGUGGUGGUUCGCCUAUAUUAUUCUGGACUCAGAAACAAGGUAGCGCGUUGGAAAAGUUGAUGGAUGAAAUAAGUCCUCUAACUGCUCCGCAUAAAACAUAUAUUGCAUUUCGUUACGCACCUCCAUUAACUGAAGAUACGAUAAUUCAAAUGAAAAAAGAUGGUGUUAGACGCGCAAUUGCUUUCACUCAAUACCCACAAUAUUCUUGUUCAACUACUGGUAGCAGUCUAAAUGAACUCUGGAGAAAAUCUGAAAUUAUGGAUCCUGAAAGAUCAAUUCACUGGAGUAUUAUUGAUAGAUGGCCAACUCAUUCUGGAUUGAUUGAUGCAUUCGUUAAGCUCAUCGAGAAAUCACUUCUUACUUAUCCUAAAGAAGUUCGAAAUAAAGUAAUCCUCUUAUUUUCUGCUCACUCACUCCCUAUGGUAGUAGUAAAUAGAGGUGAUCCUUAUACAUCGGAAGUAGCUGCAACAGUACAUGCGGUAAUGGAAAGAUUAAAUUUUUUAAAUCCUUAUAGAUUAGUAUGGCAGUCUCAAGUCGGACCGCAGCCAUGGCAAGGUCCUCAAACUCGGGAUGCUAUAAUUGGAUUCGGUGAAAAAGGCGAAAAAAAUAUUUUGUUAAUUCCAAUUGCUUUUACAAGCGAUCAUAUCGAAACUUUAUUUGAAUUGGAUUUGGAAUAUGCUCAUGAAGCUGAAAAGCCAAGUUGGUGCGGGCUUAAAAGUGUGACUGUAAAAUUGGUACAAUCAUGCAGCUUAGAAGGUAGUUGA